UCAAAAGCAAAGUCUAAUCUCGGGAGGCGGCGCCCUGUCGUCUGAUGCGGCUCUCUUUGCAUCCCGUCCUCAUGGUGACAUGGCUGACCGUGCGUGAGCGAGCCAAAAGAGAGGACGGGGAGGGAGAGGGAUAAUACCUUGUGAAUGCAUGAAUGUAGUGCCUGGGCUUAAAGUGACUUGAGGGCGAGUGGCACACGGGAACAGGGAGAGCGCAUGUGUCAUCAAGCCGGUCAACUCGCCCCCGUUGACUCCCGCUGCCCCCCUCAAUUGUCCUGCUGAACAGCAUCAAGCAAGUCCGAGGGGAUACAAAGCCGUUCUUUAGGACUGAGACGUGUGCCACGGAAAGAAGAUGCUCAACAACAUCACAACGGAUGGCGAGGAAGGAGAGGGGAGUCCUAACAACCAGGGUGAUGGAAACCCCAAGGAGAGCAGUCCUUUCAUUAACAGCAAUGCCUCUUGUGAUGUGGAGAAGAGCCAGCAGUACGACGGCAAGAACAUGGCCCUCUUUGAGGAGGAGAUGGACACCAGUCCGAUGGUGUCCUCGUUGCUCAGCAGCCUCGCCAACUACUCCAACUUGCCAACGGGGAGCAAAGAGCAUGAGGAGGCAGAGAACAAUGAGGAAGGCGCACGUCCGUCCAAAAAAACCGUCAAGGCGCCACAACUGGGAACUCUGAUGGGUGUUUACCUGCCAUGUAUUCAGAAUAUUUUCGGCGUGAUCCUCUUCUUGCGAAUGACCUGGAUGGUCGGGAUUGGAGGCGUGCUCGGUUCCUUCAUCAUCGUCUUCAUGUGUUGCUCCACAACGAUGCUCACGGCCAUCUCCAUGAGCGCCAUUGCUACAAACGGAGUGGUCCCGGCUGGAGGUUCCUAUUACAUGAUCUCCCGCUCACUCGGGCCUGAGUUCGGUGGAGCUGUUGGGAUUUGUUUCUACUUGGGCACCACGUUUGCCGGUGCCAUGUACAUCCUCGGUUGUAUCGAAAUCUUACUGAUUUAUAUUAUUCCUCAAGCAGCCAUCUUCAAGAUCGAAGGUCUGGAAGGUCUGGAAGCAGAGGCGGCCCUCCUCAAUAAUAUGCGGGUGUACGGAACCAUUGUUCUAAGCUUCAUGGCUCUGGUGGUGUUUGUGGGGGUGAAGUAUGUCAACAAACUGGCGCUGGUCUUCCUGGCUUGUGUCAUCCUCUCCAUCGUGGCCGUCUACGCAGGAGUCAUCAAGACCGCCAUCGACCCGCCGGUCUUCCCGGUUUGCCUCCUGGGAAAUCGCACUCUUGUCUCCAAGGGAUACGACGUCUGCGCAAAGGUGAUUGAAAUGGACAACGAGACGGUCACCACCAAACUGUGGCGCUCCUUCUGCGAUUCCGAGAACAUCAACGCUACUUGCGAUGACUACUUCAACGACAAUAACGUCACAGAGAUACAAGGCAUUCCGGGGGUCACCAGUGGGAUCCUGGCAGAAAACCUGUUUGGUAAUUAUUUGGAAAAAGGGAUGAUCGUAGAGAAGAGAGGCUUGGCAUCCCAAGUGGACCCUGACAGUUCUCCUUCCGCCACCAACCGCUUUGUGCUGGCGGACAUCACCAGUUUCUUCACACUCUUGGUGGGAAUUUACUUUCCAUCUGUCACAGGUAUCAUGGCCGGUUCCAACCGCUCUGGAGACCUACGUGAUGCUCAGAAGUCCAUCCCCAUCGGCACCAUUGCAGCCAUCACCACCACAUCUACUGUUUAUAUUUCCUGUGUGGUGCUCUUUGGUGCUUGUAUAGAAGGUGUGGUCCUGAGGGACAAGUUUGGCGAAGGAGUCAACGGGAACCUGGUGAUUGGGACUCUGGCAUGGCCGUCUCCUUGGGUUAUUGUUUUUGGAUCCUUUUUCUCCACCUGCGGAGCGGGACUACAGAGUCUAACCGGAGCGCCACGCCUCCUCCAGGCUAUCUCCAGAGACGGUAUCAUCCCAUUUCUUCGAGUGUUUGGACACGGUAAAGCCAACGGGGAGCCCACCUGGGCCCUCCUUCUCACGGCUUGCAUUUGUGAGAUCGGCAUCAUCAUCGCCUCUCUGGAUGCCGUCGCACCCAUCCUCUCGAUGUUCUUCUUGAUGUGCUACAUGUUUGUUAACCUUGCCUGCGCGCUGCAAACUUUACUGAGGACACCCAAUUGGAGGCCCCGUUUUAAGUUCUACCACUGGGCUCUGUCGUUCCUGGGUAUGAGUUUGUGCCUCGCGCUUAUGUUCAUCUGUUCCUGGUAUUAUGCCAUGGUUGCCAUGGGAAUUGCCACCUGCAUCUACAAAUACAUUGAAUUUUGUGGCGCCGAGAAAGAGUGGGGCGACGGGAUACGCGGCAUCUCUCUAAGCGCUGCUCGAUUCGCUCUCAUGAGGUUGGAAGAAGGUCCACCACAUACCAAGAACUGGAGGCCUCAGAUCCUGGUCCUCGUCAGCAUGGACGCCGAGCAGAAUGUCGAGCAGCCUCGUCUGAUCUCGUUAACCAAUCAGCUGAAGGCGGGGAAGGGCCUGACUAUCGUUGGGACCUCGGUCCAAGGAAAGUUCCUUGACAACUAUACAGAGGCCCAAAGGGCAGACCAGUCUUUACGUAAGCUGAUGGAGACAGAGAAGGUGAAGGGCUUCCCCCAAGUGGUGGUGUCCUCCAAUCUGAGGGAUGGGACCUCCCACCUGAUCCAGGUUGGAGGACUUGGUGGCUUGAAGCACAACACCGUGAUGGUCAGCUGGCCACGUAACUGGAAACAACCCGAGUUCCAACAACAAUUCCGAGAUUUCAUUGAGGUGGUCCGGGAGACCACAGUAGCCAGCUUGGCCUUGUUGGUUCCCAAAAAUAUCUCCAGCUACCCGUCCAACGGCGAGCGCUUCACCGAAGGCCACAUCGAUGUGUGGUGGAUCGUCCACGACGGAGGAAUGUUGAUGCUUCUGCCCUUCCUGCUGCGUCAGCAUAAGGUGUGGAGGAAGUGCAAGAUGCGCAUUUUCACCGUGGCUCAAAUGGACGACAACAGUAUUCAGAUGAAAAAGGACGUUCUGACGUUCCUCUAUCACCUGCGUAUCGAUGCUCAGGUGGAAGUGGUGGAGAUGCACGACGGCGACAUCUCAGCCUACACGUAUGAAAAGACGCUGGUGAUGGAACAGCGUUCCCAGAUCCUCAAGCAGAUGCAUCUGACCAAGAAUGAGAAGGAGCGAGAGAUCCAGAGUAUCACGGAUUCGUCUCGCGGGUCCAUCCGGCGUAAAAAAUCCUUGGCCUCGCGUUCGCAACACAGCACCGACGAAGGAGCCAGAGUGGCCGAACAUCCGGAAGAGGAGGCGCAGCUGAUCCACAGUAAGAACCCCUCGACACCGGCCAGCCCCACCGGCUUGACUGCCCCUGCCGGAAGCACCUGGACCGAUAAUAAGGGCAAGAAUCCGGAGGCGGGCAAAGACCCAUUCAGCAUGAAACCGAACCAGACGGACGUGAGGCGCAUGCACACAGCGAUGCGACUCAACGAGGUCAUCACAAAGAAGUCCAAGGAGGCAAAGCUCAUUCUGCUCAACAUGCCCGGGCCCCCGAAAAACCGGACAGGGGAAGAAAAUUACAUGGAGUUCCUAGAGGUCCUGACGGAAGGUCUCAAUCGGGUUCUACUCGUCCGCGGAGGAGGACGUGAGGUCAUUACCAUCUACUCCUGAACAUCCCGAAUAUAUUUUCCUCGAGUUCUGCCCUCGCAAAACUUUCCUCAAGGAUGAAGCGCGCAGGCGGCAAUUUCUUUACCGCUCCCGUUCCCGUUCCUCAACGACGAAUGUUUGGUCUUUUCUCCGAUACAAUCGUGUUGUUUGAAUGUUUUCAAUAUUUAGUCAUCUAAAAAUGUUUCUUCCUUUUUGUUGUCUUGAAAGGUUCGUAUGGCGGCACACAAGUCACGUGACAAUAGACACAACGUGAACUUCGUAGUCGUUUACUAUAUAGUCGAGAGUUGGCAAGCGGUCAGACAGCGUUGUAAAGUUUAUCGAUAAAACCUGACACACUGAUUAAAAAUCAACAGUCGACAAUAUUAAUAAUGUCGUAUUAUCUGAAGGAAGGUCAUUUUUUGGUAAACUUUGAGCUUGCGAUAUCAGAAUGUUGCAUCACAUUGCCGUGUGUGUGUGUGCGUGCGUGUGUGUGCGUGUGUGUGUGCCCAAGUGAGAGAGAGAGAGAAAA